AAUUGCAAACAAUUCGCUGCUGCAGCUGUUUCUAUUAAGGGUUUACAGUUUCCCUAAACUCUCUGUUUCGCGCAACAAAAUACCAAAGGAAGAAAGAAUUUUAGGGUUUGUUUCUCAAUGGAUAGAUACCAAAAAGUAGCGAAACCGAAACCAGAAAUACCGAUAAACGAAAAUGAAAUCCGAAUCACUUCACAGGGACUUGUUAGAAACUACAUCAGCUAUGCCACUAGUCUUCUUCAGGAGAAGCGUGGAAAAGAGAUUGUUUUGAAAGCAAUGGGUCAGGCAAUAAGCAAGACUGUAGCUAUUGCAGAGAUCAUUAAGAGAAGAAUUCCUCGUCUGCAUCAAGACACUGCUAUCAGCUCAGUAAGCAUCACUGAUGUAUGGGAACCUAUUGAAGAGGGCCUUUUGCCUGUGGAGCAGACUCGGCAUGUCUCAAUGAUUUCAAUCACCUUGUCAACGAAGGAGCUGAACAACAACUCUCCAGGGUAUCAAGCACCUUCUGAGACUGAGCAGACUAAUUAUAACAACUACUACAACAACAACAACAACAACAACUACGCCCCACGGUAUAAUUACCAGCCUCAACAGCAGCAACCACCACCUAGACAAGCACGAGCAGUCUACAAUGCUGGUAAUGAAGAUUCAUAUGGUCGAGGACGAGGCCGUGGUAGAGGGAGGGGACGUGGUUGGAGCAGAGGUGGAUAUCCAAAUAAUCAAGGCGGAUAUCCAAAUAAUCGAGGUGGAUAUCCAAAUAAUCAAGGCGGAUAUCCAAAUAAUCAAGGUGGACAUACAAAUUAUCAAGAUGAUUAUACAAAUUAUCAAGAAAAUGGUGGGUACUCAAACUGGGGACGAGGUGGGGGUCGUGGUGGCUGGGGAUAUCGUGGCUCUGGUUAUGGAAGAGGCAGGGGUGGAGGUGGCAGAGGUUAUGGUUAUGGUCGUGGCCGUGGACGGAUGGUCAACCGUCCAAGGGGUGGUAGCAACCACAACCAGGCAUAGUUGUGGUUGGAUCUCUAGUUUGCUCUACCUAAAAAUGCUUGCCUUGGCAUAUUUUCUUUCUGUCCAGUCUAUAUCUAAAAAAGAUGAAAUUGUGGUUUGUUGCAUCGAUGAGUUGCGCAGUGAUUGUUUUGUUUUUCAGCAUCAUGUUAUGUGGGCUAGGCAUAUAUAUCCUCAAUGAAGCCAAGUUCAAGUAGUCAAUAUCUGAAAACUAUCCGUUCAAUUCACUGGUUACAGAUGCUUUGCUGUAUUUAUUCAGUUAGAACAUAUUCUUUUGUUUAUCUUAAGAUGUCCUAUCAUUUCUUUCUUUUCA